UUCGAUUAGCAUGGAGAGCUUUGGACCGUUGGAUGGCAAGAAGUCGAUUGUUCGAGCACGCAUAUUAAAGAAUUUCGCGUGUCGGUAAUCCUACUUCAAAGACUGAAAAUCGGUGGAGAUACCAGGGUUGUGUUGUUUGAGCACUCCUCAGAUCUGGACCGUGAAGGCUGGCUUUCUUUUAAGGCUCUGCUUGAUCAAUCUCUUAUUUUAAAACAGAAUAAGAAUCUCGUUGGUUAAUCACUCCAUGAUGUCCAUCCAAUCAAGAAAAAGGGCGUCUUCCUCAUCGAAUGCUCCGCAUGGAGGAGAUCAUGAAGGGGGAGACAAACGGCCGAAAGGGAAUGCCUACGAAGUGUUCUUGAGCUUUAGAGGGAUAGACACACGCAAAAGUUUCACGGACUAUCUCUAUACUAGUCUUAUCGAUGCAGGAAUUCACGUGUUUAGAGACGACAAUGAGCUCCGUGUUGGUGAGGAGAUUGGUUCGGAGCUUCUCUGCAGCAUUACACAGUCCACGAUCUCUAUCCCAGUUAUUUCCAAGAACUACGUUUCCAGCAAAUGGUGCCUUCGUGAGUUGGUUCAGAUGUUAAAGUGCAAGAGGAGUAAAGAGCAAAUAGUGUUGCCCAUAUUUUAUAAAGUGGAACCCUCACAAGUGCGACAUCCUACAGGGAGAUUGAGAAAAGCUAUCAAUGCACAUAAAAAGAAUAUGGAGGAAAUGGUUGUGAAGGAAUGGGAAGAAGCACUCAAAGAAGUCAGCUCCUUGAAAGGAUGGGAAUCGGAGAAAAUUGAUAAUGGGCAUGAAGGAACAUUGGUUAAAAUUAUUGUGAAAAAAGUUAUAGGCGAGUUAAAAAGGUUUUUUCAGCUAAAUGUUCCCAAACAGUUAGUGGGAAUCGAGGAUCAUGUGCAACUUAUGAGCAACAUAGAUGCUGAAUUCAAUGAUACAAAGAUUAUUGUAAUUUAUGGAAUGGGCGGCAUCGGUAAGACUACUCUUGCAAAGGUGUUAUACAACAGACUAUCUAGUCAUUUUGACUAUCGUAGCUUCUUGGCAAAUAUCCGAGAAACAUCCCAGCAUAAGGGUAUUGAAUGCAUACAAAAGCAACUCAUUUAUGACAUAACAAGAAGUCCAUGUGAUGUGUCUAAUGUUGACGAAGGAGUUAGUGUCAUCAAAUCUCGAUUUAUGAGGAAGAAAGUCCUAGUUCUUUUGGAUGAUAUGGAUGAUAGUACUCACGUGAAUGCUUUGGUCAAGGAUGGAAGUUGGUUUGAAGUGGGAAGUAUAGUCAUCAUCACAACUAGAAACAAAAGCAUUCUCGAUGAAGGUAGGGUGAGCUACAUGUACCAACUCAACGAGUUAUCUUUAGAUCAAUCAUUGAUUUUAUUUAGUAGACAUGCCUUUCAAAAGGAUUCUCCUCCGAGUGAUUAUGAGGUUAUCUCUCGUGAUGUCGUAUCUACUACUGGGGGGCUCCCAUUAGCUCUUGAAGUUAUAGGUUCGUUCUUAUGGAGAAAGAGAGAAGACGUAUGGAAAGGUACAUUAAAAAAAUUAAAGAAAGUGCCCCAUGAGAAAGUGCAAGAGAAGUUGAAAAUAAGUUAUGAAGCAUUAAAUUAUGGGGAACAACAAAUAUUUUUGGAUAUAGCGUGCCUUUUCAUUGGAUCACGUAAACAAAAUCCAACUUAUAUGUGGGAUGCUUGUGAUUUUUUCCCUGGGAUGGGGAUUGAAGUAUUAAGUCUUAUGUCCCUAAUUAAAAUUGACGAAGAUGGAAAGCUAUUGAUGCAUGAUCAAUUGAGAGAUCUUGGAAGGGAAAUUGUUCGUCUAGAAAAUCCAAAUGAGCCUCAAGAGCGUAGUAGAUUGUGGAUCUAUGAGGAAGCCCUAGAUGUGCUUGAUAACAAUGAGGGUACUAGAAAGAUUGAGGCCCUUCCUCUCGGCAAAUGGGGUUAUCGAAAAAGAUACGCUCCUCUCGGCGGAUGGGGUUAUCGAAAAAGAUAUGCAGCUGAACAAUUUAAAGAAUUGACCAACUUGAGAUUCCUUCAAGUGAAUUAUGCAAAUUUUACCGGAGAUUUCCAAAGCUUACUUCCUAAAUUAAGAUGGCUUCAGUGGCAAGGCUGUCCCUUGGAUUUCAUUGCAGUCAACUUCCAUCCGAAAAAAUUAGUUGUACUUGAUUUGUCAAACAGUGCAAUUUCGGAGGCCUGGGGAGGAUGGGUUCCACUCAAGGUAAGACAUAAAGAAGGCAUUGAAGUAUUUUUCAACAUAAUGAUUUUUUCCUUGUACAUAUGACAUUUGAAAAUUGAUUUUCAUAAUUAAACUAGGUGUUUCUCUUUAAUUUCGUGCUAUUGAAGGAAAACAGUGUGCCCAAUGAAUGCAUCUCUCUUCCAUUCAAAUUUAUCAUCUAGUUUUUGAUAAUAAAAGUUUCUUGUCGACCAAAAAAAAAAAAAAAAAAAAAGAAAUCAGAAAAUAUCUCCUUUGAAAUUUUAUUUGAAAAUAAAUGCAGUUAGCACUUGUACACUCUAUAUAUUGUUUUGCAAAUGAUGUGCUUAAAAAACAUUUAUCUAUGGAUGCGGCCAAACAUUACUAAAACAGGCAUUUAAAAUUAAAUAAGACAAUCGCGAAGGAGUAGAGGAGGACGGGUAAUUUUUGAGGAGUUCUAAAAAGUCGAAAACAUAAGGAGUAGCAAAAAAUCACAAGUCGUGACAGUCCAAUUACACUGACAUAUCCUUUCUUUCUUCCAGAAUGCGGCGAGCUCAAAGUUCUCAACCUCACGUCUUGUCAAUCUUUGAAAAGAACUCCAGACUUGUCCACUUUCGUAAGGUUGGAGAUUUUGACUCUUAAAAAUUGUCAUAAGUUGGAAGAGCUUCAUCCUUCUAUUGGGGACAUCAAGACUCUUGUUUCAUUGGAUGUCUAUCGUUGUAGAGAACUCAAGGAGCUACCAAAAGGUAUAGGUAGAAUGAUAGAAUUGAGGGACCUUAACAUAGCGGAAACUGAUAUACAAGAUAUUCCUAUUUCGAGCGAUUGUUUGAUGAAGUUGGAGUGUCUAUCUCUUUGUCAUUGUAAAAUUUCUCAACUUCCUAAAUCCAUGGGCUCCUUGGUUUCGUUAACUCAAUUACCUAUAUAUGGUUUAGCAAUUAAAGAAUUACCUGAAUCCAUUGGUGCCAUGAAAGAGCUCAAGGCUGUUUAUGCCAAUCGGUGUGAAAAGUUAGCCCACAUACCCAACUCCAUAGGCAAUCUAGCAUCUUUGCAAUGGUUGGAGUUAGAAGGCUGCUAUUCAUUGACCGAGAUUCCCGACUCGAUUGGAAAUUUGGCAUCAUUGAUCAAGCUGGACUUAAGAAAGUCAUCAAUUAUGAAAUUACCCAACUCCAUAGGCAAUCUGGCAUCUUUGCGAAGGUUGGAGUUAGAAGGCUGCUGCUCAUUAACAGAGAUUCCCGACUCGAUUGGAAAUUUGGCAUCAUUGAUCAAGCUGGACUUAAGAAAGUCAUCAAUUAUGAAAUUACCCGAAAGCAUUGGAAAUCUGCAAAAUCUGAGGAAGUUGUAUAUUAAUAGAACUCACAUAACGGAAUUGCCUGAUGCCAUUGGGAUGUUGGCAGAACUUCAAAAGUUGAGAGCUAUGGAUUGCAAAAAUCUGGAGCAACUACCUAGUAAUAUAUGCCAACUAAUUUCGCUAAAGGAACUCUGUCUGUACGGGUGUGAAAAGCUUCGGGAAUUACCAGAUCAGCCUUCCGGCUUAACAGAUCUAAGCAUCACCUGCCAGGGGCAGUCUAUGCCCCGUCUUUCCCAGCUAACCCGUCUCAAGGAACUCAUUCUUUAUAGUUGCCAUCGGCUUGAAUAUGUCCCAGAGCUUCCCAUUGGACUACCGGAUCUUAGGAUUAUAAAUUGCGGAAAAUUGAAAGCCUUGACGAAUUUGUUAGACUUGAAACACUUGCGAUAUUUCGAAAUUUUUAAAUGCCCAUCUCUCGAAGGAUCGCUCGACGUGUCGAAUUUUAGGCGUGCGCAGAUGAGAGAACUUGGCUUGACAGAGCUCGAGGACUGUCCGUGGGGCUUACGAUUCCGCCGUUAGCAAACGUCGAGCUAGGGGGGCCAGAAGAGAAGGACGGCUCGACGUUCAUGGAAUCUCUCUCUCUCUCUCUCUCUAUUAGUCAGUCGCCCUGCUGGUUUCCCAUGCCCGAAGAUCGAAGCCACCAUUGGCACCGCCCAUCCACCGUAGGCAGGCGAGCAGGUCGGUCGGCGUGGCGGAGAUGACAAUGGCAACGGUGACGAGGCGACGCCACGGCUGGCGAUGCCCUCUCCAUCCGUUCCAGGUAAACGCACGCAUGUGUCUCUCGAGCUUUCCUGCGCUCUCUCAGCUUCAACUACAUUUUAGAACCCCGGUCGAACCGCACGAGCUCAUCGAUUCUGUCGAGAUUUGGUGAGUUUCGGCAACAAUUGAGUAGGCGGUUGGAGCUGGAAGCCGCUGGCUGCCAUUGUAUUGUCGAGAUUUGGUGAGUUGACCAAGGUCACGAGCUUAGGUUUGCUGUUUUGAGCUGAGGCUAGCACGUAUUAGUCAAAUUCCUGCAUUGUUGAUGUUCUGAAUGCUCUAAAUCGGGCACGAGUGGAUGUGUAGGGCGUGAUGCAGAUGAUCGAUGAAUCGUAUUUGAAGUUUAGAGUCGAUCGAUCUCAUGUUGUAAAUUUGCAAUUGCAGAUAGUUGGGAUGGCAGUGUUCAGUUUCCUCGCAAUGGCCUUCUACGUCUUCCGGGGACUGUUGCUUGGGAGCGAGGCUGCUGAGAUCACCCUGACGACAAUAUUCUCUUUUAUGGUUUUCUCGGCGAUGUUUCUGUUCGUUUGGUGUACUGCGAUAGAUCCGAUGGAUAAGACCAGUUAUAGAAAGAAGAAGAGAGGCUCCGAAGCUAUGGCACUCGCGGACUUUUGUGCUAAUUCCCCAAGCUCGCCCUUCCAAUUUCCAUGCUUGAUUUGCCUAUCUGGAUAUAUGUCGAAAUUGAGAGAGCAUGGUUGAUUAAGAAGCUUGCAAAAGUAAAGGAAGAACAGGGUCUUAUAGCGGAAGCUAUUGACUUUAUGCCGGAAAUUGCAGUAACUAGAAGCUGACUACUGUCGUCACUGAUCUUGUAAUUGAUUUUUCCUUGUCCAACAUUUCUAUGAUGGGUUUAAAUUGCUGGUAGAAACUUUUGAAGCAAUGGCAGAGACGGAGAAAGUUGCCUUUAUCCUUGAACAAGUUCUUUGUGCUUAGAUCACCAGGAUUAUGUCCAUGCACAGGUCCUUUCCAGGAAGAUCAGCCAGGAUUUUGAGUGUUUGAUGUAGAUCCUUCCAAGGAGAAGAAAAAGCCUAAAGAAGGUGAAAAUAUUGUGGAAGGAGUGCCAGCUGAUAUAUUGUCACUUCUGGAGUUGAAUUGGAUAUAUUGAGAAUUCAUGGUAUUACUCACAUAACAACAAUUACCUCAAGAUAUGUUGAUGCUAUACGGCCACACGGUGAAGGGAAACCCAGAGCAGUUGAUACUGGUGAAGCUCUAUUGUUGUUGACUCUUCACUGAGUGUUUUGAGGCACGGUUGUAGGUUUUGAGGAAAAUUUACUGGUACUUGGUUCUAUCACCACAUGAUCCUAUGUAGUCAAGCCUUCUUAAUGCCACUUUAAGGAUCAAAAUCUCUCAUAUAUUACCCAAUUCAGGUUGCUUCUGAAACAAUUGGUCACACUGGAGGCUAUCCAAUGGACUGCUCUUUGGAGUACUUUUAAAGAUGAAUUUGAGAAUGAGAAAAACAUGCUCGGAGGUGCACUUGUUGAGAAGGCAACAGAAGAUCUUAGACAGAGAAUCAUUAAAUGUGUAAUUACAGAACUUUGUCAUUUGUGACUCACUCUAUUUUCUGCAGAAUAUUAUUGUUGUUUGAAAGUAUUACCUGAGGAUUAUUUUUAAAGAGACUUCCA